UGGUGCCCUUUAAAGGCAACCGCUUUAAUAUUCUCUUCUUCAAUGCCGGAUUUGUGUACUUUCUUGGAGGAGAAAUGACAAGAUUCAUCAAUGGAUUUGGGGCAACAAAUAAGCUUCUCAAGUGCGUUCAAGCUGACCUGGCAGAGCCAUUGUAUAUGGCAGGCUGUAGGGCACUUGGCCUGGUGAGCAAGAUCAUCACUGCUCCACUCUGGAGGUGCUUAGAGGAUAAAGAAAUCCAUAUCUUGGAUCUGCCACAAGUCUACCGGAAGAUAGAAGAUGCCCUUAAGAGAGGCGCUGAACAUCCUCAGGAAUUCAUGGAAGGACUGACUCAACCUCUUCAAGAUGUGGAAGAUGAUGCAAUUUUCAAGGCCCUGAUACUGCCAUGUGAGAAUGAUGGCCUCACUGCCACAGUGCUUGAAAAUAUACUGCCUGCACUCUGUAAGGUAAUGGCUGCCCACAGUGCUCAUGUUGCUGAAGUGGGGGAAGAUGAGAGGGAGUCUUCGAAAAGUGUAGCGAAACACAACAAGUUCCCUGAACGAGUAUUUGCCUAUCUAGACCAGCAAAUGAGGACAAGGCCGAAUACAAGUCUCCUUGUGCAUGAAGCAACGAUCAUGUUUAGCCUGAACAAGACAGGUGACUGGCUGAAGGCAUUAUCACCCCAAGAGGCUGACGACAUCAUCUGUUCGGCAAGGAAGAGGGCAAGGACACUUCGUAGUCUAUUCAAGGAGCGCUCCGAGGCCAUCAAGCAGGAAAAGAUGAAAGCCCUUGAGGAGAGGGAGCGUGAAAGAGAGAGAAAAGAGGAGAAAAGGAGGCUUGAUCUUGAGCACUUCACCCAGGAAAUAAACUACUAUGGGUUGUGGCAAUCAGAGCGAGAGGUCGAUGAAAUGUUGAACACCCUAUCCACUCCGAAGCAGAAGAUGGAUGCUCUAAAGGCCCAGCUACGCUUUAGGCAGCACGUCCUGCGUCAAAUUCCUCCAAGACCAGAGGUCUUCUUGUUCAGCAGUAAGGGUGUUGCUCAUUCAUGGGAUGUUCUUUCAACAAAUGUAAAGACCUUGGUCCACCAAGCCUUCACCCUGCCUUCAGCAAGUGCCCCUGAGGGUGGACUGCCAUUGCUGGUUGGCAAGAGGGUAAGAAGGCCCAAGCAUAAACUGUUUUAAAAAAAAAUGAGGGAAAUGAUGAAAUUAAUACAUAAAAAUAAAAUUCUUAAAAUGAAAGAAAUCUUAUGAAAGAAUUUAACAAUUAUUUUAAUUAAUGAUGUUCAAAAAGGAAACAUUGCAGUGUAUAUGACUCUAAAUAUGUGUAUACUAUGCUAAAAUUGAUUCAACAUAUAAUAUUUUAUGCAAUAUGAUGCACUUUGUAUUGUGAUGUAAAUGAAUAUAUGCCAUUGCAGGAAAUAAAGCUUGUUUGAAAAUUAAAUUUUUGAAGUGUGUUGUCUUCAUGUGUCUAGUUUUCUUCAUCAAGGCCUUUACUUCGUUUUCCAUUCGCCUGGA